AUGUGGCACGGGCACAUACUUUAUACAGAACAGAACAAGGACCUGAUGGAAGGCGGGAAGAUUCGUGACGAAGUGGGAGAAAAUGGCGGGAAUGCCGGAGACGAGCUCGGUGUGGAUGAGCCCGAUGCCGCGGACCCGAACUAUGCCGAGCCAGUUGAUGGAGACCUUGUUCUGCACGUCGAACUCGUACUUCUUGAGGGUGCCGUAGUGCCACGCGUGCAUGACGGCGAGGAAGACGAGGGAGAGGGCGACCGGGACCCACGCGCCCUCGAGGAACUUUAUGAGGGAGGCCGAGAAGUAGAGGGCCUCGACCGAGCCGAAGAGGAGUAUGAAGGCGAGGGCGAAAAGGACAUUUCGGUUCCAGCACAAGACGAUGACGAGGGACAUGAGGCACGUCGUGACGAGCAUGACGGUUAUAACGGCAAGACCUGCGUGUGUGUGUGUGUGUGCCGUGUCCCUAAAUCCAACAGUAACAGCCAAACAGAGGAUCAUCAAAGUCCAGUUGAUUUCGGGAAUGUAAAUUUGGCCGCACAUUUUAGACGAAGUGUGAAUAAUUUUGACCCGAGGGAAGCAGCCGAGUGCACAACAUUGCUUAAUUAUGGAAAAAGUCCCGGUUAUAACGGCUUGGCUUCCCACAACAGCGGCGACACUUAUGCAGAAAAGCCAGGUUAUCACAAUCGGAGCGAAUAUAACUCCGAGCCUGUGGGUCCCGUAAUGUUGAAGAUAGAACAAAAACAGCAGGAUUACACAAGCCACUGGAACUUCUAUAUCUGCAUGACA